AUGGCCACCCAAGUCGAUCUCACCACAAUUCCGAUCUCGCCUGAUGGCGGCAACGACUCCGCGUCAGCCGCAGCAGAGGCCAAGGAAGACGUCACCGUUUUCCACGACAAGGAAAAUUUCAACGUGAAGCACCGGCUUAUGCAUACCUGGACCCUCUGGUUCACCAAGCCAGCCAGCGGCAAGGGCGACAAUUGGAACGACCUGCUGAAGGAGGUCAUAACUUUUAACUCCGUUGAAGAGUUCUGGGGCAUUUAUAACAAUAUUGCUCCCGUCUCGGAGCUCGCUCUCAAGUCCGACUACCACCUGUUCAAGGCAGGCGUCCGGCCUGAGUGGGAAGAUGCCCAGAAUAAGCACGGUGGCAAAUGGUCCUACUCAUUCCGCGACAAGCGUAAUGUCGACAUCGACGAGAUGUGGUUGCACACCAUGCUGGGCGCCAUUGGUGAGACGCUCGAGGAGGAGGAAGACGACGAGGUGAUGGGCGUGGUCGUCAACGUCCGGAAGGCCUUCUUCCGUAUCGGCGUCUGGACCCGUACCAUCGGCAAGUCGAUUCCUGGCCGUGGUGAUGGCGAUACGUCUGGCGGCAAGGGCCGGAGUCCCGAGAAGGCUCGCGAGAUCCUUCUGGCUAUCGGCCGGCGGUUCAAGGAGGUCCUCAAGCUGCCAGACAACGAACAACUCGAGUUCUCAGGCCAUCUAGACGCACAGCACAGUGGCAGCACACGAGCCAAAGCAAAGAUGACGGUGUAA